AUGGAACAUAAAGCUUACUGGGCAAUGAGGGAGUUGAAUAUGGAUGCCAAAGCAGCAAGAUAUCAUAGGUCUUUGGAGCUGAAUGAGAUGGAAGAGUUUCAUAAUGAGCCCUAUGAGAACGCCAAGAUCUAUAAAGAGCGUACUAAAGCUUGGCAUGAUAAAAAUCCUAUUCGCAAGGAGUUUCAACCAGGGCAGCAGGUGUUGUUCAAUUCUCGAUUGAAAUUGUUUCUAGGAAAAUUGAAGUCGAGAUGGUCAGGGCCAUUUACGGUGGUUAAAGUAUUUCCUUAUGGUGUAGUGGAGUUGAAAGGAAAGGAUCGAGAGAUGUUUAAGGUGAACGAGCAGAGACUAAAGCCAUAUUUGGGUGGUCUUAUUAAUACAGUGAAGACCAUCAUCCAGCUACAACCAUUGUGA